AUGGGGCUGGAAGUCAAACUAUGGAACAGUAGCGCAGGAAAUCUUGCCUUGCGUGGAAAAGCUACACAGUCAGACCUCAUCGAGAACCCAUGGCACGGUUACAGUCAUGCCUCCAAUGCCAUUGAUGGGAACCGCGAUUCACAUUUCCAUCAUGGGUCCUGCACUGCCACUGACGAAUCCACUAACCCCUGGUGGAGAGUGGACCUGCUUGAUACCUACAUAGUCACCUCCAUCACCGUCACCAACAGAGGGGAUGCUGUUCCUGAGAGGCUAAACGGGGCUGAGAUACGAAUAGGAAAUUCUUUAGUGGACAAUGGCAUUCAUAACCCUCUGGUUAAAACAAUUCCCUCCGUUCCAGUCAGCAGUUCUCUCACCCUUGCCUUUGACCCAGGCUUCAAAGGACGCUAUGUGACUGUGGUUCUACCAGGGCAGAAAAGACUUCUGACACUCUGUGAAGUGGAGGUUUAUGGCUACCUUGCCCCAACUGGAGAUAAUGUGGCUCUAUAUGGAAAGGCCACCCAGUCGUCUUUGUAUGGGUUUGGCAUUCCAGGCAAUGCUAUUGACGGGAAUCGCAACGCUAUUUGGAUAGGAGGGUCCUGCACCCACACUCUACAGGACAUCAACGCCUGGUGGAGGGUGGACCUUCUGAAGACCUACAAAGUGUUCUCCAUCAUCAUCACCAACACAGUCGACAGUGUUCCCAGCAGACUCAAUGGAGCUGAGAUACGCAUUGGAGACUCCCUGGAAAACAAUGGCAUCGACAAUCCUAGGUGA